CGACGUUCAUCAAGAGACAUCACAUCUCUUCUGAAUCCCUGAAAGUCGGACGUGACGAAACGAAUAUCGCGCGCGUCGUACGUGUAGGGUAAACGUCCCAGUGACUGGACAUACAUCUUCUAUGUUUAAAGAUUACAGUUAAAUUCAAAUAUUAUAAUUUAAAAAAGCAUUUAAUGAUUAAUAAUAAUAAAUUUUUGUGUAAGUGUUCGAAUAUAGGUACAUGUCCGAUCAGUGGAACGUUUACCUUACAAUGUGUGCAGCGGUCAACAGAUGUAAAUCUCCUAUUUUCUCGCUCGUCUUUUUGAUCAGAGAAUCGGACGUCGAUAUCGUGGGUGUAUCUCCUACGCAAAAGACUUUUAUUUCAGCUCUCUCGUGUCUCUGUACCUCCCUCUCCGUACCCGAAUCCUCAUUAUCAGGCGCGAUUUGUGUCAGGACCACGGGCGAGGUAUCCUUGGCCUCUAAUCCAUCGGCCACGGCGAGUGGGACGAGAUUCUCUCUCAUGGAAGACGCCGGAAACUAUCGAAGAAAUUGAUCAUAGAAGAAGUGUGUGGCCGAGGAAGAGUGACAAAAAGAGUAGGAAGAGGGACGUCUCUCACGGUGGAGAAGGAAGAGCUGGCCUAGAAACACUGAGUGUCGAUGUUCCUCGGCGAUGCGUUUCGCGGCGAUACGUCCAGAAGUGACGAGGAAAAAGGAAGAGACGGAGGAGAGGGACCCCGGGUAGGGUACGUUUCUUCCCCGCCUCUUGGGGGCGCGGGACAGAAGGGGGAGAGGGGACAAUCGGGUGGUAGCCCUCCUCUCCUUUUGACGGUCGCCGUCGACGAUGAUGGUAAUGGUAAAUGGCCUAUGGAGAGGCUCUCUAUUCCGCGCCUCCACUGGAAACGGGAGCACGCCACGUGAAAGUAGGAAGGGGAGGCUAUAGCCGGACCGACGUCGCUUCGCGCGCCUCAGUCGUUCGUAGACCUCGAAGGACGAUAGAGGUCGAAGAGGGCACUUCCUCCUCUCCUGGCCUCGCGGAAUCUUUCGGCACGCUCUUCCUCGAGUCUUCUCUCGGUCUUCUUAUACUUCUUCCUCUUCUUCUUUUUCUUUUAUCAUUACUCUACUCCCGUAAGACCUCAGUGACGAGGGUCCCGGCAAUAGGAUAAUCGUUCGCCAGAGCGAUUUCAGGAGGAAUUCGUCGCCCGUGCGAAGAUAUCGUUUUGUGAAGUCACACCGGCAACGUCGUGAUAUAUUGGAAGAAUGCGUCGUCAGCUUUCACUCAUCCUCGGGAUCGUCCUACUGGGCUGUCUUCAAGAUUACGUGUCCGGUGCGUGUCCCAGGAUAUGCCCGCCAAGUGGCGAGCCCGUUUGCGGCAGCGACGGUGUCAUAUACGCGUCGCAGUGUGAAAUGCGGAAGAAGAUGUGCGGAAAGGGCGUUACCGUGGCCACGGAGAAGACGGCUUGCCUGAGGUCAUCCGGUAGCAAGUGCGAGCAUCGCUGUCCGGGCGAUCAGGAUCCGGUAUGCGGCACCGAUGGGCGUACUUACCUGAACAAGUGCAUGCUCAGGGUGGAGAUCUGCCGAGUCGGGAUCGAGCUAUCCCAUCUUGGGCCCUGCAACAAUAUUUCGGCCCACAGGGAGAACUGUCCGGUCUCGUGCGAUUACGCGCCGCUCGACGGACCGGUUUGCGGAAGCGACGGAAACGUCUACAAGUCCACGUGUCAGAUGAAGUUGCUCACUUGCGGCCAAGGCGUCGUGCGUACGAAUAAGAAGCACUGCCAGACCACAAGACAUUGUCGUGAAUCCUGCUGGCGCGGUGCGAAGCCUGCCUGCGGUAGCGACGGUAUUUUGUACUCGAACACCUGCAAAAUGCGGGCGAAGAAUUGCGGCAAGCACGUCUUUGAAGUGCCGAUGUCGUUCUGCGUAUCUCGGGAACGGACAUCCGGAAGCAAUGCGUGUCCCUUGGACUGCAAAAACGAGCCGGAAGUAUCAGUUUGCGGAUCGGACGGAAAUGUAUACAAGAAUGAGUGUGAGAUGCAAAUGCUAAACUGUGGGCAUGCCAGAAGAAAAGUAACGGUAGUAGACUUUGAGAAGUGCAGAUCCCGGCUAACGAAAUGCAUGAAGCAACAGCAGAGGUGCGGAAGCGAAGUGGAUCCAGUUUGCGGUAGCGACGCGAAUACUUAUCCAAAUCAGUGCCAUUUAAAUGUAGCGGUUUGCUUGAAGGGCAUCCAAACGGCUCACGUUGGCGAAUGCACGACCUUGAAGGAGAUCGAACACUGCCCCGAAGACUGCUCCGAAGUACCCGAGGAACCAGUUUGUGGAAGCGACGGCAAUGUUUAUCGAUCCCUCUGCCAUCUGCAACGUGAGACUUGCGGCCAGAGGGUAGUUCAAGUUCCGGCACAACACUGUCGCACCACUGCGCUUUGCAACCAGAUUUGCAGCGGGGAACGUCAGUUUGUUUGCGGUUCCGAUAACAAGCUUUAUCGUAACGAAUGCGAGAUGAAGAGGGACAAUUGCGGGAAACACGUGUAUGUGGUGCCGAUGAAGAGGUGUGUCCAGGGUUUCCUGUUUCGCGGCUGCCAGAAGAUUUGUCCACCUUACUACGAUCCGGUUUGCGGCACCGACGGCAUGACGUACAGCAACGAAUGCUUCCUGGAGAUCGAAAACUGCCGCAGCAGGAGUCUCGUCACGAAAAAGUAUCAUGGAGUGUGCGGACAGCCAACGGAGGAACCGAAAAAUUAUCUCUAUUAAGCUCGACUGAGCUGGCACGAUGAUACGAGAAAGAGAGAGGGAAAAUAAAAGAAGAAAAUCGAUCGACAAGAUAAUUUGGUUCAUAUCUCCCCAAGUUUUGAGAAGCGAUAAUUACCGUACAAUUGAUUUUAUGUGUCACGAGUCCUGUAUUUAAGUUCGCUCGGUUCACAUUGACCAGCUGCGGAAUUCAAUGAAUUUCGAUUAAGUACUUGGGCUGUACGAGCGUAACGUUCACGACUCUAGACAGACAAACGCAACGCGUGAUGGGGAAUCGUUCACGUGGAUUUCGGAUAUACAAUCGCUCCCUUUAUCCUCGCCGACAAUCCGAAAUGCGCGCUGAAUUUUUACAGGGGAGAAAAACGCGCUCGAAGGAAACGAGCAUCUCGCCAGUCCGGAAAUUGUUAUCGUGUGUUGCUAUUUCUACGAUAAUAAUAACGCGAUUGCCGAUCCCUUCUCGGAUCAGCCGCGCGUUCGCAAAUCUCUCAUUCGCACGUACGUAACGAAAUUACAGUUCGCAAAUUCGUUAUUGUACACGACAGGUGACGAACAAUUUCGUCCAGAUUAUUUCUUAAGGAACUAUCUUUUUCUUUCUUUUCUUUUUUAAUUGGGAAAGGGUCGCUAGUCGUGCAUUGAUAUAGUUCUUUUUUCGCACUUGACGAUAUAGACUCAUUAUUAUUUAUUGUAGCAUUAAUCAUUGCAUACGACGCGAUUCCAUCUCCUUUUUUUUUUACAGAUACGCCCGUCAUUCUAAUUACAACUAUUAAUGUGACGUCAUCAGAGCGUAUUCAUAUUUUAGGGAAAUAUUGUGCUACUACAUCUCCCUCCCGACAUGUGAUGUGUAUUCGUUUAUUAUUAUAAUUAUUGUCAUUGCAAUCUUAAUUUAUUUUCAAGUAUGCAAAAAUUCUUUUGCAUUGACACUAACACUGUAUACGCUUCCAAUGUCAAUAAUAAAUCAUAUAUGUAUAUUUUAAGAUAUAAAAGUUGCGUAAAUCAUAUGCGUAAUAAUUAAUCGAAAAUGACAUAUUAUUUAUUUAUAUCUACUUUUAUUAAGAUUCAUACAGAAAUCUAACUUUGAAGCGCAAUUGUGACACUACAAUGGUGUACAUGUAUCAAGUAUUAAUACAUAAUAAUGAUAUAAU